CUGAUAAGCAUAUGGUUGCAUUUUCUUUUUUUUCCCUUUCCCGAAAUCCAUAUCAGGAUUGCCCCUAUCCAAUGGUGUGAUAGUUAGCAGGUUGAAAAAAGCAUGACCUACAUAGACACGAGUUAGUGACGCAAUAGAUCGGAAGCGAGGUAUGGGCCGACCCGAACCAGCUACUCGCGUUCGGGAUUCGCGGGAUUGUUGUAAAAAUUGUUAGGCGAAAGCAACAUUCCAUAGACUGUAUCUAUUGGGUCAAAAUAUAUGGAAAUAGAGAUGUGGAAAAUAGUGACGACUGUGUCGGGAAGUCUCGGUCUCCGUGUGUAGUGUGCAGUAAAGAAGGUAGCUCUAACUAUAAAGCACUUGUCUUUGGCACUUGUGUUAUGGUUGCUUCCUCUGGACUCACUCUAGGUACCAGAUUAGAAAAUCUAUCACAAGCAAAAUGUCUGUUCCUCCGUUUGCUAUCACGCUCGAAGAGCACGCUAUGUUUCCGGCCCUUGGAGGCUUUCCGCUCCCUUCUCAUGAUGUCGAGGAACAAUUCCCAGGUUCACAACAAGCUUUGAAAGACCACUCGACUGGCCGGAUCGCUAGUAUGGACGAGGGUCACGUCUCCUACCAAAUCAUGUCUCACUCACCGGGAGUUGGAAACGAUAAUCCGGAGGGAUGUAGCAAGGCAAAUGACCAGAUGGCCGAGGCAAUUAAGAAGAAUCCUAAUCGUUUCGGUGGUUUUGCGACUCUUCCGAUGGCAUUCCCGGACAAAGCAGCUGCUGAAUUGGAACGGGUAGUUAAGAAGUUGGGUUUCCUUGGUGCUAUGAUUAGUAGCCACUUGGACGACAUGACGCAUUACGAUGACGAGCGCUUUUGGCCCGUUUUUGAAGCGGCUGAGCGUCUUGAUGUCCCGAUCUACAUCCACCCAGGGCCACCCCCGAUGGAAGAAAUGAAAAAUAGGUACGGCGGAAACUAUUCCACUGGCGUUAUGAUGGGAAUUGCGAUGGCUGGUUGGGGGUGGCACCAAGAUGUAGGCCUGCACAUCACUAAACUUUGGUGUGCUGGGUUAUUUCAACGAUUCCCCAAAUUGAAGAUAAUAAUUGGCCACGGAGGCGAAUUGUUGCCUUUAUUCCUCGAUAGGUUAGCUAUCCUCAAGCAAUACGAUUCUAAGCUCGAUCGCGGCGACUUCAACGACGUCUGGAAUCAGAAUAUAUGGGUAACAACAAGCGGCAUAUUCACUGUGAGGAUCUUUGAGAUGCUGUUGAAGGUGACGAAAAAGGACCACCUUCUUUACAGCAUUGACACCCCAUAUAGUCCGAGCAUUGAUGGUCGCGAUUUCAUUCGGAAGCUUGCGAAGGAAAGCUCUUUAUCAAGGGAGGAGUUGGAAGGCUUCGCGUUUGGGAAUGCGAAGAAAUUGUUUAAUCUGGAUGUUAACCUCAAGAAGUUCUGAAGUUCAGAUAUUCCGAAUGAGGCUUGGGGAUCGGGAUCAAUGGGACUGAGCUGAGUGGAGGAUUAUAAAUUGUUAUAGGGAUCUUCGGGGUUUCAACACUUGCCGAAGCUAGGGAUAAAAACAGUGGUGGUGAUAUUUAGGUAUUGAUGUCAUGAUAAUGUGAAAGAAAGAAGUCCAAGACAUUUUAAGCAAUUGAUGGUUUUCUGGCAGUCUGGGAAGACUUCUAGGAUUAUAAGCGGAUGGUACGGAACCUUAUUGUUUGAAUGUUACACAAAGUGGAGUUUGAUUAUAUAAUAGAGAUAAGAUAAGAAGCUUGAUAAGAUAAUUAUUUUUUGAAGGUUGACAAUCUUCGAAAUUUCUAAAU